UCUGCUUCCCAAUUCCUCCUCCAUCGCUUUCCUGGGCAAUGAAUGCGCGGCGGGCGACGAGCGGCACUUUCAGCACCACGGACAGUUCUCGGCGUCCGUCUCGGUCCUGCUGGCCGCGCUGAUGGGGCUGGUGGUGCUGACCACGGUGCUGGGCAACGCCUUGGUCAUCUUGGCCUUCGUGGUGGACAAGAGUCUGAGGACCCAAGGGAACUUCUUCUUCCUCAACUUGGCCAUUGCGGAUCUGCUAGUCGGUGGAUUUUGCAUCCCUCUUUACAUCCCUUACAUUCUGACUGGGGAGUGGAAGUUUGGGAAAGGAUUGUGCAAGCUCUGGUUGGUGGUGGACUACCUGGUGUGCACGGCCUCCGUCUUCAACAUCGUCUUGAUCAGCUUCGACAGAUUCAUCUCCGUCACCAAAGCAGUCAGUUACCGAGCUCAGAAAGGGAUGACUCGGAACGCGGUGGUGAAAAUGGUGAUGGUUUGGAUGGCAGCUUUUCUCCUCUACGGCCCAGCCAUAAUCAGUUGGGAGUACAUCGCCCAGCACAGCAUCCUCCCCGAGAAGGAGUGUUACGCAGAGUUCUUUUACAACUGGUACUUCCUCAUGAUCGCUUCCACCAUCGAGUUCUUCACCCCCUUCAUCAGCGUCACCUACUUCAACUUGAGCAUCUACUUCAACAUUAGGAAACGGACACCCAUCCGAAUGGGAAACCUCCCGCCAGACCAAGAGGACGGUGGACUACACUCCCAAGGGAAGAAACGAGAACACGCCGUGUUUUUCGUGAAACCGAACAGCCGAAAACAAGGCCAGAGGAGGGCCAACGAUCUCUCGCCAGCUCGGCCUGCCACCUCUGGACUCGAAGCCAGCAAUUUGGAGAGGCCCUCUGUGGACUUUAACAUCACUCAAGACCUCCCGCCUUUACAAGUAGACAUACAGACCAGGUCACCAUGGGACAGUUUCUACAAAGCUCUCGAGAACAUUUCCAGCAACACCAAGAGGAUGAACGUUGCCAACACCAUGGCUAGCCGUUUCCGGCUUUCCCGGGAUAAAAGGGUAGCCAAAUCCUUAGCUAUCAUCGUCUGUGUUUUUGGAUUGUGCUGGGCACCCUACACCCUCCUGAUGAUUAUCAGAGCUGCUUGCCACGGCCGAUGCGUCCCCCACUCUCUCUACGAGGCAUCGUUUUGGCUUCUGUGGCUGAAUUCAGCCAUUAAUCCCAUCUUGUACCCACUCUGCCACAUGAGUUUCAGGAAGGCUUUUUUUAAACUGUUGUGCCCCGGUAAGGCGAAAAUUCACCCAAAUAUGUUUACGUGAGAAUGUCUUUGAUGAGACAGCAAGUUUUACAAUUGCUUUUAAGAAGAACGCUGGGCCAGGCACUCUAGCCAGAGUAAAAACCUGACCGCGUUAAAAAACUGCCUUCAACAAUUCUACUCUGAAAUAUAUAAAAUCCAUGGAGUUUUUUCCAGUUUUUCAACUGCGUUGAAAAAAUAUGCACAUUCCACACUGCUUUAAAACGCAAGAUUUAGCAACCACCUCUUGUGAAUCAAGCAUACACUGUGAGAACUGACUCCUCCAGAUCCACACAAGAGGCUCUACACGUCUUCAUUUUGACAGCUCCUAAAUUCUGUUCCCCAAUGAAUCCUGGGAAUACAUUUGCAAAACCUGGAAUUGCCAACAGCUCUCUGGUUUUUCAAACUGGAGCUUUCAUUCUUCAGAGAGUCCACACAGUCCUUUGCAAAUGAGCCUCCCCUAUAGGUAGGGGCUUUGCUGGGGGCACGGAGAUUGCCAAAAUCAGGAUUUCUUCUAAAGAUUCUUUCUACAGAUUUAAACAUUCGGCAUUUUAUCCACUUUGUGGCGCACCAAGUUAGGGACCGAAGAGGAAAGUCCAUUUGGCAUCCCCGCUUUGUGCGAACUGCCGAUGUGUUUUGCAGGGACUUUGCUAUUCUUAUGAAUGCAGCAAUUCAUCUUUUGUUGUAUACAAUUUGGGUUAUGUGAUUAAAACCAGCUUCUGACU